AUGAUUCUUAUUGCAACAAAGAUCAUUGUUGGCAUUCAUAUCUUGAUAUAUUUUGGUACAAGUCUGGUCGUUUGUAAUAAUGAUAUCCCGUUUUGUCGCAAGCGGUUGAAAGAACUCAGAGAGGACGAGAAAUACUGGAGUGAAAGAUGCGUGAAUAAUAAAGAUCAAAUCCUUGUUACACCGCGCUGUGAAGCAGAGAAAAAAUACAAUCACGAGAGGCUCUGUAUGUACACGAAGAUAUGCUUUUAUAAAGGUAAUAUUAAACUGUAGUUUAAGCUACUUUACGAAUGAAGUACACUGGGCCUGAAUGUUUUCAUCACUCUGAUGCGUCAAAAUAAAGAUUAAUGUAUAGUUCCAGGAAAGAACCUAUAUUUUCGGUUGUGGAGGACAUGUCUUCAAUUAAGGUGGCUCCAUAUAUUAAUCCACACAAAAUUACCGAUACAAGAAUCGCGAUCAAAACAUUACGCUAUAUGAACAAACCCGCGUGACCAUGCUUGCACUAUAGCUCGUGUCCAAAUGAAUAUUAACCAAAGGACUUACAUAUAUCACCUGACGUGCACUGGAAAUUCUUUUCAAAAUCCUUAGUAUAUAUACAAAUAGUAUAGAUCUUAUAUAGCUAAAAAUAGUAUGGAAUCCAAUUUUUAUACUAAUUGCAAUUUCCAUACUGUGGAUAUAUUAUGGAAAUAGUAUGGAUAUAUUUUGGAUUUAGUGAUGCAAUUGCAAAUUUCAUAUACCCCCCCCCCCCAACUUCAGCUGCUUUGCUACAUCCCUGAAGAUCAGUAGUAUGGAUUUCACUAGUUUUUCCAGUGGUGGCGACUUGCCCACACCAGUCGCGCCAUUGUAUGUGUUUAUAACGCAUUGUAUGUUAAUUGCUAACGUCAUUAGAAAUGCCAAAACAGUGCGCUAUAUCGCAUUGUUUUGCGCGAUGACCUAAGUGGACUUCAAAAGUCUUUCAAUGUGCAAAAAAUUAAAAAUAAUUCUGUAAUGCUAAAACAUAUUUAACAAGGAAAACGUCCUUUUUGCGUGUUUGGCAUUACAGAAUUUUUUUUAAUAACUGCUAUAGUCUAUGGUAUAUAAAUAAAAUAGUGUACGGAAAAAAAUUGGGGUCACCGUGUUUCAUGUCCAACUGUUCGAGGCAAUUAGGCAUUGUAGAGUGAACUUGGCACGCAUGGUUACCAUAGUAACGAACUAUGUGGCACCAAACCUGAUAUAAAUUGAACGAAGAAACAUCCUGAUAUCUGCCUAAAAAUACGAUCUAAUAAUACGAUCUAAAAAUACGUCGUUUAAAACUGUCAACACUAACUUCUCGCCGAAGGAUCUUUGCUCCAAACAUCGAAUUUCUUCUUGUAUUUUUCAGGAAGUUGCAUCCCUACGAAUAACGAAAUCUUUGAAAUUAUUAUACACCUCAAAAACUGUAUCGCGCCACCUUAAAGCGCAUCAUGGAAACUGACUAUAAAAUAAUUCCAGUAUACAGUCCAAAUUCAAGAGAGUAUAUAUUUUGUUUUCAAAAUUCCUUUUAAAACAUAUGGAAAUCAAUAUAGGGUAAUAGCUAGGAGCAGCAAAGUAGCGGCCGUUUUCGCAGGCUAAUAUAUAUAUAGGGUCUGCUCAUAUAAUUAAUUUUUCUUUCCAAAAUUGAUUGUAACUCUUUAUGAAUUCAGAAAUUGCAACAGGUGCUUCCAUAUAAUUUUACAUGACAAAAGAAAAAUGUCAGAGGAUGAAUUACAUUUUUUUUAAUUGUUCCCCAAAGAUUUCUAAAAUUGAUUCUUGCGUUUCCAAAUUUUAUGUUCUUAAUUUUUUUAAACACCGUCUUUGAAAGGUUUCCAAAUGUACUCUUGUGUAACUUGACACAGAUUCACUCUUAAACAAAAUAACCUUUUAUACAAAAAAGUAAAAUAAAAUUAAAACAUGUGACUAACAGUUCAAUGCAAGGCUUUAUACAAAUAGUCUGUACUGAUGUGUUGCUCUUUCUGCAGGACCCUCUGCUGAACCUUACUUGCUGAUCAAAUCAAAGUCUGAAAUCCACGACAUUGAUUUAACAACCCUAAACACAACUGUCGUCAUCCGCGGACUUACAGGUAGGAAGAUGGAAAUAGACACCGUGGACAACAACUUAUACAUCGCAGACAACAACAGCAUAUCAAGGAUAAACUUGGUUGACAUGUGCGUAGAAGUCAUUUUACAAAAUGUGAGUGUUGAUGACAUGGCAGUUGACUGGAUUCAACGUCGUCUGUACUGGGCUGAAUAUUCAAAAAAGAGGAUUUUCGAAGCGAAUUUGGAUGGAAAAAAUAAAACUGUGCUAAUAAACACAACGAGUUACCCGUCCAGUAUAGCAAUGGAUGCAACAUGGAGGUAAGUUUAUUGAUUUGAAGAAUUUCUUUAUGGUGUGCUAUAUAUUUGAUGACGAAUUAUUGCGAGUCAUGGCCAAGGGCCGUGAAAAUAAGGGGUGGGGGGCACUGGGGGCCUGUAACUCCACUUUUUUGAAACGAGAAAAAUUGGCCCUUUCUUCAAACGAAACUGCCUUUUUUUAUGUUAUAAAAUGUACUCUUUUUUAUAUUAUAAAAUGUACUCUAUUUUAGAUAAAUAUGUUGGACAAAGAUAGCUAGUUAUUUGGAAGCGUAUAAUAUUGGUCAUAAAAGUUAAAAUUAACGUGCAAAAAUGCGACCCAAGAGAAUUGGAAAUCUUUAUUUAUGUUGACUUUAACAUCCACAUCGAUCUCAUUUAUUUUGUGUUGUACAUUACUUUUUGUGUGGGAUACGCGUACGUUGAGGACAAAUUUUAGGACGAAAUCCGGCGCUCAGAAUACGGGAAACGGCAUUUCCGAGGUCAAAAAUCCAAACGUUUCCUGUCAAAGCCUACUCCAGGAUCCCCUUUUUGUGCAAGGUCGAGGGCCACGGUAAAAUUUCAAAAUGGAUCCGGCCUUGGAGUGCCCUUCCUAGUCAUGCAUUAUGCUAAGCCAAUCAACUAGUUUUUUAAACGAUGAAUGUACAUAUUCUCCAUUUAGAGUUCUGUAAUAAGUUCUUUGUAGUUUUUCAUGGCGAUAGUACAAUGCAAAUUUUACUUGGCACAAGAUUAUUUCCUCAUGUAUAGUAUUGUGCUUCAUAUUGUGCUUUCUAAUCUUUUUAUAUUGGAAAGGAGUGCUUCAGCGCAUUUUCCCUUUCAAAGGCUGUCGGGAAGUAGACAAUUUGUUUUUACUGAUGGGUACAAUUAUGAAAUAAAACGUAUAUAUAAAAGAACAUAUUUACUACCUAACCGUUAAACUCAUAAUAAAAUAUAUACAUUCCACACUACAUGUGGUUAUAUACAAUCUUUGUAAUCAGUCUCAAAAUUUAUUCUUGAAAUUGAUUACAGAAUAUCUUUGCUUUACCUUUGGACGUUCGGCAGAAAUUUCCUUGGAGUAUAGUAGCUUAUAGUUAUUUGGUAGCAACAUAUUCAACAAACAGCUAAUCUAAGGAGGAAUUUAAUGAAAAAAUUCCAAGUUGUACCCAUCUUUUAAUAUUAUCAUCCUUCGUUGCUCCAUAGGUAUCUGUUUUGGACCGAGCCUAUUGUAAAGUUUGUCCGGGGAAUAAGUUUGGCCCCUAAGUACGUAGUAAUGGCAAAUCGGACGUUCUCUGAACCUCACGCUAUUACUGUUGAUUGCACCAAGAACCGAGUUUACUGGCUCGAGAAAGAGGUUCGCUCCGGCGUUGACUAUAUUGUUUCAAGUCAAUACAGUGGCUUAGAUCAGAAAACUAUUAUACGUGGAAUAUUGAAUGAUCAUUUAUUGGGCGUGCUUGGUGAUUCACUGUACUUCAUGAACAAUGAUCUAUUAUAUGUAAAUGAAAUGAAUGUAUCAAACGGAAAUAUAUCUCGUAAUAUUCUGGUGGACAACAAUUCAAACUACAAUGACCUGGUCGUUGUACAUAGAUCUAUACAGCCUCAAGAGCGAAUGGGUGAGUUAUAAUAAUCAUAUGACGCUGAGUAUUCACUGAUUGGCACCAAAUUAUGAAGGCUAAAAUAGAAUCUCAAACUCACGAGUAAAUUAGCCAACCAUAUAUUGCUUUAUUUUGGUCACAUGAUAAUACUGGAGUAUAUUGAUCCAGUCCUAGCACUGGAUCAAAAUUAAUUCACCUCACUUUAAGUAGUGAUUUAUUCGUAUGGGAUUUCAUUUCAAAUCCUCCAAUUCAGAUUAGACUACUGAUUUCAAGUCCUUGCAUUUUGAUCCAGUCUCGGCUUCGCCUCGGACUUGAUCAAAUUGCGCGGACUUGAAAUCUAGUCCAGUUUUCAUAGUCGGAUUUGAAAUAUUACUUAAAGUUUAGAGACACUUCGGUCCGUGAUAAUGAUAAUUCAUGACUAAAUUAGCCAACUAUAUUGCUUUAUUUUCCUCACAUGAUAAUACAGCAUACCUGGUAAAGUAUAUUGAUCCAGUCCUAGACUGAUUGAUCCAGUCCUAAAUUAAUUCACCUCACUUCAAGUAGUCAUUUAUUCGUAUGAGAUGUCAUUUCAAAUCCUCCAAUUCCUUGCAUUUUGAUCCAGUCUUGGCUUCGCCUCGGACUUGAUCAAAUUGCGCGGACUUGAAAUCUAGUCCAGUCUUCAUAGUCGGAUUUGAAAUAUUACUUAAAGUUUAGAGACAAUCCUGUUAGAGCCACUUCGGUCAGUGAUAAUGUUAUAAAGCAAAUAAACCGAAAACGAGGCUGCGUGGACAAAAACUAAGACAGUGGACAAAGUCUAAAUUCCAAGUUCACACACAAAAACGCAUAAGUUGUAACAAACCUGCAGCAGACGUGUAGCAAUGCUGUUCCAACAACUUGUCAACAGGAUGUAUUCACUGCUUGCUCCCAGCUUGUUGACAAGUUCCUACAAGAUGUUCAACUUAACAGAUUUGUUACAAGUUUUGCCAACGACUUGUUAUCGUCGAGGUUAUCGUCCUGCAACUCAACAAUUUUUCACCAAGUUGUGAGUGACAACCUUGUAGCAACUUGAUAAAAUAACAGCAUUGUUACAACUUGUUGCAAAGCUUGCUACAAGUCUGUUGCGAACACAUCUUGUUGAGACAUAGUAUAUUUCGAGUCAGGAUUCGAGCCAGGAGCCCAGUCAGACUCAGUUCUGGACUCGAGGACUUGCUAUUAAUAAUUUAUUUCAAGAGACACUAAAUUAAUAAAGUUGCUACGAUGUAGGAACAAUUUGGUUGUAGUUUGAAAGACAUACUAGAGUCAAGCAUGAAAAUUUGAAACAUAUAACGUGCAAACCCAAUACCAUAAACUCGACAAAUUAAACCGUAGAUAUAUUAGGUAUAGGUAGUAAAAAGACAAGAAACUAAAUAGCAAAAUCUGUGAUGUCACAUUCAGGUAGCUACAGUGACAUUCACAAUAUUAAAUUCAAAAGAACAACUGUCAUGAUGUCAUCUUUGAAUUUUGUGAAAUGACAUGGAAUAUCGACAAAUAUGCUAGUUUCCAUCUGUCAGAAUAACAUUACGUCAUUGAACGGCUUGAGUCCUGUCGGCUCGAGUCCCUGUCACAGGAGAUUCGCCCCCCCAGGAGAUUCGCCCCCCUGGGGGGCGAUAUUCCUAGGAUAUUCGCCCCCCGGGGCGAAUCUCCUGGGAUUAUCGCCCCCCAUGGGAGCGAAUCUCCUAGGAAUAUCGUCCCCCUUUAGGAAUUUCGCCCCCCCCAUAUAAUUUUUGAAUUCAGUUUGAUCUAAAAACAAAACGAUUGCAAGUUGAAAAGAUUUAUUGUGUGAUUUAUUUAUUUAUUACAAGGAGACAAAAUUACAUAGACAUUUUAGUCUUCUUAGCAGCUGGUGGUGUGCACAGUCUGCAUAACCACUCAUUUGAGGCACUUAGACUAGUGUCAUAUUCUACACAUCUAAAGUGGAACCAUCACAGAGAUCGCAUAAAAUCAUGUUGUCGUAUUCUUCUGGCAGUUUACAUUCACAUAACAUAUUUUAAUAUAAAAACAAUCGCUUGCAAAUUUUAUCAAUACGAGUGUUAACAAUAGCCGCCACAGUAAUCACUUGCUAACAAUAAACUAUAGGAUUAGUAAAAAAUCUAUGGAAUGUGUUGGGAAGCGUAUUGACUAUUGUCCGUUGAAUCGUCAACUUUCCGUGUCAGUGAUGUAAUCUUGAUUCUUCACUUUAAGCUUCCGCAAAGAAAAUUGCAUUAUAUAUGUGUUGUGGUUUAUUCAAAUAAUUUCAUGAUACUUUGAUUUUAUUAGUGCAUGCCUUUAACAUUUGAGAAUGUAACUCUGCAAAACUAAAAGCUUUCUUGUCUUUUUUGAAACGUAUAUUAUUGGAUUAUUGCCUAUUGGCAAGUUCUACCCUUCGCUUCUGAGAUUUACAAACUAUAUUGAAAUAAUGCAAGUAAAAAAUAGUGACAAACCAUACAUUUUCCGAUAACGACAAAACGUGGAUGCAAAACAUAUACCAAUAAUUACAAUAACCACCACGGUGAUUACUUUUUAACAAUGAGUUUAAGGAUUAACACUGAAAAUGCAAAAUAUGCAUGGUGUGCUGUGAAGCGUCAUAAGUCCUAUUGAGUAUUGAUCUACUGUAACUGUGUAAAGCCCUUUCGAUACAUGUAAUUGUAAAUUUUUAUUGUUACAUGCAGGGCUUGAAAUAACGUUCAUCGACAGUCGUGACUUUCCCUGCUUUUUGGAAACCGAAACCCUGCUUUUCCGCCGAUCAUAGGCAAUUCCUUGCCGAUCAUUGAUCGGUGAUCGGUUGUUAUUUCAAGCUCUGUCUUAACAAUUUUGAAUUGAUACUGAUUUCAAAUUAUUAAAGCUAUGUAAUAAUUAUCCCAUGCAACUGUUAGGAAGGGCGAAAUUUUGAACGGAGGACGAAAAUCCUAAAGAAAAGGUGAAGUUUCUAAAGGGGGGCGAAUUUCCUAAAGGGGGGCGAAAUUCCUAGGAUUUUCGCCACCCUGGGGGGCGAUAUUCCUAGUAAUUUCGCCCCCCGGGGGGCAGAAAUGUGGGGGGGGGGGCGAAAAUCCUGGGACACCGGCUCAAAUCCUAACUCGAUAUUUAGGUACCCUCCAAUAGUAUAUCUCCAAGUGUGUCACUUUCAUUUAUAUCGUAAAUGACUCGAAUUAACGAUUAAGAUUCAGUGCUACCAAUAUUUUUUUACUUCAACAACUUGCAAUUACCUAAUUAAAGUUAUUCAUCACUAUAAUAUUAGCGGGCAUAUAGCUUUUUCCGGGUAAAGAAUAAAUUAAUCAGCAGACUAAGAUACAUUGCAACCUGCUAAAGCCAUUUUUACAGUAGAUGGCUGCCGGUAGUUGUUUUACAUUUGUAAUGUAAUAAGCAACCAUAGAAUUUCGAAAUGUGGAUGGGUUUUGCAUGUAGAAGGAAAUUUAUAAUUCAUAUUUUUUUAAUUAAACUCAAACGAAAAUGCAACUUUAGGCGCUCCGGCAGGAAUUGAAGCUGCGACACAGGGAUUCCGGUGCAAUGCUUCGACCAUUGAGCUACAGAAUACAGUCGCUGAACAUUAACCAGACGUUUUUGAAUAUAUACUCGCAGCUGAACUGGUUAGGUCAAUAAUUUUCUAUAAAUUUUGAGAAAAAAUUUCCAAAAAGCCCUCCAAUAGUCACUUCUUUGAGCGACAUGCCCACGCUCUGGACUGUAGGUUCCCCAACACGAGCGAUGCAGCUCCCCACCACGCCCCUGUCAAAACCCCUGGUAUCUAAAACUGUUUUGUUUCUUUUGGCGCUGGGGUCGCACUGAACUCGUAAAGGUCUAAAGAUUUUUGUUUAUUAUAUAUUUGUACAAAUAUACAACCUUCUUUGCUACCAGUUACUUUGUUUGUAUCCAUAUCAGUUUUCUGUUGAUUAAGUCGAUAUUUAUGUUUGAUAAAAAAUAAUUUCCUGAGUACUGGGAAUCGAACCUGUUGCAAUAUUAUAUCAGUAAUAAUAGUAAGAUUAUUGUACAUGUAUUGUAUUAUAACAAUUACGGGCGAAAUAACAAGAGAAAAAUAUAUUUAGGCUCACUUCGCAAGUCAGUGAUAUUGGCAAUUGAGAGAAUCGAACUUCAUAAUAAGCUGGAAGAAUGGUUGCCAAGACAAGGAUAUUGGAGAAUAUGUUGGAGAGGCAGCGAACAUGGUUGGGCAACCUCGACAUUUCAUCGGAAAUGCGACGGGAAAAUACCCACUUUAACUAUCGUUCAAGUUGUCAAGAAUAAUACGAAUUUGGUCUUUGGUGGCUACGCCACCAGAUCAUGGGGUAGAGAUCAUGUUAAUCAAU